UCCAGACCAACAGGCGGCGGUAGACAAAGGAACAGACACCCUUUUAAUGAAAAAAGACGUCAAUGUGGCUCAACAUCACCUUCGUCUUUGCGUUUGAAUGAACGUGCUGAGCUGUGAGCCGAGGCUCCGUGGUGCUGAAAGGACAGCUCCUCUGCGCUCUGACACCUGCAGGUAGGCAGCCCGGACAUGACAUGUUCACCAGGAUGUUAAAACUGAGACUUCUCAAUGCUGUGGCACCUGCAUACUUCUUCACAGCUACAGCAGUCACCUUCAUUUUGCACUUCUGCUUUUUCAUCCCAACAAUAUUCCCAAACCCGGACACAUCACUGACGGGGUCUACAACUCUUCACACGGUUGUUUUCCUUUUCUUGAUGUUCAAUGCACUUGGGAAUUACAUAAUGACUAUUAAAUAUCCUGCUGAAAGUGCCAACGAGACUGUGGUUCCAGUGUGCUCGCCACACUGCUCGGACAAGGUGGAUGCUCACUACCUCCUGAACGGCCGUCACUUCUGCAAACUGUGCAAGAAGGUUAUUCUCAAGAGGGAUCACCACUGCUUUUUCACCGGAAACUGCAUCGGCAACAAAAACAUGCGCUACUUCAUCAUGUUCUGCAUUUACACAUCAUGCACAUGUUUGUAUUCUUUGGUUCUCGGUGUGGCCUUUCUAACAGUGGAGUACUCCAUCUCCUUUGAAAACCCGCUGACCUUCCUGACUCUUCUCCCCCUCUCCACUGGCUACUUCUUCAUGGGAACAAUCUCAGGCUUGCAGCUGUUCGUGGUGCUGAUGCUGUACGUGUGGCUGGGCAUCGGCCUGGUCUGCGCAGGCUUCUGCUGCCAGCAGGUCCUGCUGGUGGCACGGGGACAGACCUGGUGUCAGAUGCAGAGAGGGCAGCUUGUGGAGAACCGCAGCCCCUGGAGAACCAACCUCAAGGAUGUUUUUGGUACCCGCUGGAUCCUCGGCCUUAUCCUGCCCGUGCAGACAGUGGAGAUGUGCUCUGACGACACAGAUGCACACAAACAAGACUGAGUGAUGACUACAGGUCAUAUCAAAAGCUCCAAUAGCUCACACAAGCAGCACAAGUUGUAGAAAAUGCUUUCUUGGGAUCCAUGUGGUGAUUAAUUCUAAAUACUUCUAAAGUAGUCCAUGAAAUAGUUAGCUGUUAGCAUACAUUCCUUUAAGGACAGGAGCCAUAUAAGCAAUGUGAAACUUUUGAAUAAGUGCAUAGUGUAAGUUUAUCCUUUAAGUAGCUUUUUACAAGGCAAUAUUAAAGACAAAUAAAUUAGUUGUUUUUGAGAUACAACAGUUUUACAUGCACUACUACAUGCUUACAUUAAAAAUGCAUGCAUUCACAGCUUUGCAAAUUUGUAUUAUGCUUUUGAUUUGACCGCCGCAUGGCAGUGCUCUGAGAUUAUUGGUCAAAGUGUAUUGCUCUUCCAGACUUCCUUGUAGGAUUCUACAAUGUGACAUUCAGGAAAUUAGUUUUUACGACAAUAAUUCACUUUGACGUUAAGGGCUAGCAGACACAGAAAACUACAGUGUCUAUAGCAUCAACUGCCAGGCUUGACACCACUGUUUAGACAAUAAACUGUUACAUGUUGUUGAGCCUGAUGUUUUCUACUCAAAAGAAUGUGACUCAGACAGUUUGAUGAAGGUACAGUCAUCUGCUCCUUUAUAAGAAUAGAGGGACAAGGAAAAUGUGAAGAUGAUUACCAUAUUAUUAUCCAGGGUAUUAUUCACAAUGUGCCAUAAUAUUGUGUCUUACAUGCUUACUGAUGACCCCAAAGAUGAGGUAUUCACUAAACCACUAAUGAUAGGGCCCUCUGUAUAAGAAUAGUAAGGACUUUUCACUGUUAUGCUGCUGCUAGAGCUACUGACAUAUUCAACAUCAUGUGAAAGAUGUUUUGGAUUUCAAUAAGUAUACUUUUUAGAGCUAUUUUGUCUAUUCCUGUUAUAACAAUAAAAGUAUUCAAAUUGCAACAAGCAGCCAGUCUUUGUUUUUCAAAACUGCACAUGCUGAGGAAAGUGCAAUAAAUGACAGAGAGGAAGUUGUCUUCAAACAAAGUUUUAUGACAGGUCAUUAUUAGUCAAAGUGACUAAAAGUGAUACAGAAAGCAUGUUUCACAAUAACAAGGAAAAAGCAAUCUCUGAAAACAUAUUUUUGUCGCUCUCCUUUUCCCCCUUUAAAACCAAGACUGAUUUGAUGAUUUCUUAGUUUUACAAUUUCUCAUGAUUAGAAAAUAUCGUAACAGCAGUGUUUUGCUGCUGAAAUAAAUAAAACAACAGUUGACCUAGACUUAAUGAUUAAAACUGAACCAUUUAUGACUUCAUUGGUCUUUACGGUUAUCUUUCCACUGCAACUCUGAAUGUAUUAUGGCACCAGAGCUAUGGUUUGUUUUACACUUUUAAAGAAGAAUGUUAGUUCUUUGGAGACCUUUUAGUACAUUCAACUUUCUUUUACAUGAAGCUCACAAAGAAAUACAGAAAUCAAAGCUGCUCAAGCGUUGAUAUGAAGUACAAACAUAAACAUAUUCAAAAGGCACAGGCAUCCAGUUAAACAUUUAUAUUCACAUUAUUUUAUCAAGACAGAACGCUCCUGUAAAAAAACAAGUCGUAACAUUUGUCUAAAAAUGUUGCCAGUAAUCCUGUAACUAAAGUGCAAGAGUCUGUAAUAGGAAACUAUAUGUAAAUAUUGAGCUGUCAUUUCUGUCUUAAAAUCAGUUAAUACUACAUCAUAUUAAGCUUAAAACUGCAGGGAGGAAUGAGAAUGGCAGCAACAUAUACAAAGUCAAGACAAUUAUAUGGCUACAGCACUUCACUUGCUACAUUUUAAGUUUUCACAAAUUCCUACGAUCCUACGUCUUUAAAGGUAUCUUGAAAAAAAGAGCUUGUUUUGCCAGAGAACUGGCAAACUCGUUAUAAUGUGCUUGGUUUGUUUAUAUUAUUCACACAGCUUUAGUCUUGGUCAAAAACAAU